UCCUAGUGCAAGUUCAUAUCUCAACUAUGGAACUACUUUUCAUGUUUCUUCUUUUUUCUUUAUCUCUCAUGUACCUUCUUCCCAAAAUCAUCAAACACAAAUCAAGAUUCAAUCCACCAGGUCCAAUUGGACUACCCUUCAUUGGAAACUUGCACCAGAUCAAUCCAUCAAGCCUACAUACUUCCCUAUGGCAACUCUCAAAAUCCUAUGGCCCAAUCAUAUCUCUUCGCUUUGGUUUUGUCCCAACUAUCGUUGUUUCGUCACCAAGUCUAGCGAAAGAAGUCAUGAAGACCCAAGAUAUUAUCUUUUGCAGUAGGCCGAGAUUGGUCGGCAACCAAAAGUUUUCUUACGGUGGGCUAGAUGUAGCCUUUUCCCCCUACGAUGAGACGUGGAGAGAUAUGAGGAAGAUUUUUGUGACUCAUCUAUUAAGCCCUAAAAGGAUACAGUCUACUAGGUAUAUUCGUGAAGAUGAAGUCUCACAUGCCAUGAGUAAGAUACAUGGGCUAACACUUUCGUCUAAGCAUGUAAACUUGAGCGAAAUCACCAAGAGUGUGACGAGUACUAUCAUGAUGAGAGUUGGUUUUGGCAAGAGGUUCCAAGAUGAAAAUGAAAGAAAGAAGGUUCUUGGACUACUUGAUGAACUACAGGAGACUAUAGUGGAUAACUAUGUUUCGGAUAUAUGGCCUGGUCUACCUUUCGUCAAUUUGGUUGAUAGGUUUAUCGGUAAGACGGAUCGUCUAGAGAAAUGCUUCCAAGAAUUUGAUUUGUUUUACCAACAACUCAUCGACGAACACCUCAAUGGCCGAAACAUUAGGUCGCAUGAGGAUGAGGAUGAUGUUGUUGACAUUCUACUACGACUUAUGAAAGACAAACUCUUCGGCCUCACUCACAAGCACAUAAAAGCCAUGCUCAUGAAUGUACUUGCCGCGGGGACUGAUGCUAGCGCGGCAACAGUGGUUUGGUCAUUGACAUUGUUAAUGAAGAACCCUAACGUAAUGAAAAAAGCACAAGAAGAAGUGAGAAAUGUGAUUGGAAAGAAGUGCAUGAUAGAUGAAGAUGAUCUUCCUAAACUCACUUAUCUGAAGGCAGUGAUAAACGAGACCAUGAGGCUAUACCCUUCAGCUCCUCUCCUAGUGCCCCGAGAAACGAUGAAAGAUACUAUUUUACAUGGCUACAAAAUUAAGCAGAAAACCAUAGUUUAUGUGAAUGCAUUUGCUAUUGGAAGAGAUCCUAAAUAUUGGGAUCGCCCAGAGGACUUCUACCCAGAGCGAUUUUUAGGUAGUGAUAUCGACUUUAAGGGUAAUGAUUUCGAGCUUAUUCCUUUUGGGGCUGGUCGGAGAAUCUGUCCAGGAAUGUUAAUGGGAGUUCUCAUGGUGGAACUUUUACUUGCUAAUCUUCUUUACUUGUUUGAUUGGGGUUUGCAGCAUGGAAUGCAAAAAGAUGAUAUAGACCUGGAUGCUAUGCCUGGUGUCGCCAUACACAAGAAAAAUGAACUUUGCCUUUUAGCUCAUGAGUACAUUUAAAAUAGGCUAAAACUAUCCACACACCUUAUCUGCCUAUUUAGACACCCUUUGUCUCGUAUACGCCUCGUAUAGGCCUAUACGAGGCGUAUAGGGUUACAUCAAAUUCAGUGUCGGACUCAUAUCAGUUCUGGUUUAACUGCUCUUAUAUGCCUCGUAUAGACCUAUACGAGGGUGUGUAAACAGGGACUAGGGUGUGUGAAUAAGUAGACCUUUAAAAUAUUAUUAUUAUCUGAAUUGAUGAUAUCUGUAAGACUUUUUCUAGCACAUGGCUAGAACUUCUAUAGAAUAAAUCUUAAAGCAGUAAUCUCAA